UAUAAAAAGCAGACGGCGUACAACUUGGGGCCGACACUUCAAGAUUCGUCAGAAAUAUUUUUUGUGGUCAACAAAGACGAUCGACGGCGGAAAAUCAAAGACGACAACGGCUCGACAAUGCUGACGAAGAAUCAACAGAGACGAAGACAAUAACGCCAAAGUGGAAGAAAGAUCAACAACGACUGAUCGCUGAAGACGGCAGCAAAGAAUUGACGACAAAAGGUUGACGACCACGGAGGUUUAAUAACAAAAGGACCUUUGAAGACGAAGAAUCGACGCCGACAAUAAGCGGUCUCGACAUUGACGCCCACAAAGGGUCGAAGACGACAUUGCCGAUAACGAGCAAAUGACCGACAUAGGCUCGGCACUGAAGACAACAAUAAUAAAGACGACAAAAAAGACAACCGCGACUAAUCAAGAAAGACACUGACACAGGAGCCGCGACAACGAAGGUAUAGAAAGAACAGUAAACUGUGACGGUUUCUCAUGGCUUGGUAAGAAAAAGCAGACAGCACGGCGAGGAAGGUCAGAAAUCUCGUUUGCCGUAACCACUGAGCGGUUGUGUGCGAUGGCGUUACAGGACGUGUGUCAUUUCCGGGACUACGCUCUGCCUACGGCCCCGUUGGACUUUUACAUGCCGGCUGUGGAGUGUCCCCUACAAUGCGGCACCGUGAAGAAUCCUCCACCCUUCGCCGUGUCUCACGGCACCACCACCCUGGCGUUCACCUUCCAGGGCGGCGUCUUGGCUGCCGGGGACACCCGCUCCACCUGCGACGGGCUGGUCGCCAACCCCGACUCCGAGAAGGUGGCGCCCAUCCACAGUCACCUGAUAGGCACCAGCUCGGGCUCGUCGGCCGACUGCACCCUCUGGAAGCGGAUCCUGACUCGGGAGCUGCGGCUCUAUCAGCUGCGAAACGGCCGCCGGGUGUCCACGGGCGGCGCCGCCAAGCUGCUGUGGCACAUGCUCCUGCCGUUUAAGGGCACCGAUGUGUGCGUGGCCACCACCUUGUGCGGGUGGGACGAGGGCGGCCCCGGCAUCUUCUACGUCUGCAGCGACGGCACUCGGCUCCAGGGAACGCUCUUCUCGGUGGGCUCGGGGUCGCCUUACGCCUACUCGGUUUUGGAUCAAGCGGUGGAGUGGGGGAUGUCCACGGAGGAGGCCGUGCGGGUGGCGAGGGAGGCGGUGUACAGAGCCACGCACAGGGAUGCCUACUCGGGCAAUUGCGUGGACAUCUACCACGUCACCUCCGCCGGGUGGACUCGCAGGGAGCGCGAGGACUUGAAAGACGAAUAUUACAGAGAGCACAUGGCGGAAGUUGAUCACCUCUAAGGUGGAACAUUCUGAAUCCUGCAAACGAUACGUCGCUAAAACCGCAACGUGGUGGCACGCUAGACGAGCACAUCUGCCUGACAUUCCUGA